UGAAAAUGUGUAAGAGUAGAGAGGCAUGAAGAAGAAAUGGACCGACAACUUUUGGUUUCGUUUAAAACACUCCCCUCGCACUCGCACUCGCGCUCGCAAACCCUGCCUUAAAAUUCGUAUCUAUCUUCUUCUUUAUUUCUUCUUUCCUUUUGUUAUAUUGGGAUUGGGGAGGCGCCACAAAUACAAAAAACCCCAAAUAACAAAAACAAAUUAUAUCCUCCUAAAACCCUGAAACUCGCCCAUGGCCACCGAUCAAACUCAGCUCCAACUCGCUCAACUCGCCCACAUCUUGGGCCCCGAUUCGACUCACUUCGAAACCCUAAUCUCCCACCUCAUGUCUUCCUCCAACGACCAACGUUCCCAGGCCGAGUCACUCUUCCACCUUGCCAAACAAACUCACCCCGACUCUCUCUCCGUCGCUCUCUCCCGUGUCUUAUCCUCAUCCCCUCGUCCCGAACUCCGCGCCCUCUCCGCCGUCCUCCUCCGUAAAAUCCUAACUCCCGCCGCUGAUUACUCCUUUCUCUUUCCCCUCCUAGCUGAAUCCACACGCGCCGCCAUUAAAUCCACGCUUUUAUCCUCCCUCCAGACCGAAGAAUCGAAAGCUAACGUAAAAAAACUCUGCGAUACAAUUUCCGAACUCGCUUCUUCCGUCGUUGCUACUAGAGGCUGGCCGGAACUAUUGCCAUUCCUCUUCCAAUGUGUGAAUUCUAAGAAUCCCAACCUCGAAGAAUCUGCUCUUUUAAUUUUCUCUCGAUUAGCUCAAAACGUCGGAGAAACAACGGAAACCCUAAUCCCUCAUUUAAACACUCUUCAUUCCGUCUUCUUCAAUUGUUUAUCAAAUCCGUCAAGUUGCGACGUACGAAUCGCAGCUUUAAGCGCCUCAGUCAGUUUCAUUCAAUGCAUUUCAAACCCCAAAGAUCGGGACGCUUUCCAAGAUUUGUUGCCGUUGAUGAUGCAGACGUUGACCGAGGCGUUGAACUCUGGAUUAGAAGCCACAGCUCAAGAGGCUUUGGAAUUGUUAAUUGAGUUAGCCGGGACUGAGCCGAGGUUUCUAAGGAGGCAAAUAAUGGAAGUAGUAGGAUCGAUGUUACAAAUUGCUGAGGCGGAGAGUUUAGAAGAAGGAACACGCCAUUUAGCCAUUGAAUUUAUAAUUACGUUAGCAGAGGCGAGAGAGAGGGCUCCGGGGAUGAUGAGGAAGUUACCACAAUUCAUAAGGAGGUUAUUUUGGGUGUUGAUGAAUCUAUUGGUGGACAUUGAAGAUGAACCGGAUUGGUAUAAUGCAGAGAGUGAGGAUGAGGAUGCUGGGGAAACAAGUAAUUAUGGGGUUGGUCAGGAGUGUUUAGAUAGAUUGUCGAUUUCAUUAGGAGGGAAUACUGUUUUACCAGUGGCUUCAGAAUUGUUUCCGGUGUUUUUGGCUGCUUCAGAGUGGCAGAAACGACAUGCUGCUCUCAUUGCACUUGCUCAGAUUGCUGAGGGUUGUUCCAAGGUGAUGAUAAGAAAUCUAGAACAGGUAGUGUCAAUGGUUUUGAAUUCAUUUCAUGAUGCCCAUCCUCGUGUUCGAUGGGCAGCUAUUAAUGCCAUUGGGCAGUUGUCUACGGACUUGGGCCCAGAGUUGCAGACUCAAUAUCAUCAGAGAGUGUUGCCUGCACUAGCUGGAGCCAUGGAUGACUUCCAGAAUCCUCGUGUGCAGGCCCAUGCUUCUUCAGCAGUACUUAAUUUCAGUGAAAAUUGUACCCCAGACAUCUUAACUCCAUACCUGGAUGGGAUUGUGAGCAAACUUCUUGUACUGCUUCAGAACGGGAAGCAAAUGGUCCAGGAGGGUGCUUUGACGGCUUUGGCAUCAGUUGCUGAUUCAUCUCAGGAGCAAUUCCAGAAAUAUUACGAUGCUGUGAUGCCUUACUUGAAAGCUAUCUUGGUUAAUGCAAAUGAUAAAUCUAAUCGUAUGCUUCGUGCCAAAGCUAUGGAGUGCAUUAGUUUGGUUGGCAUGGCUGUUGGAAAGGAAAAAUUUAGGGAUGAUGCUAAACAGGUUAUGGACGUCUUGAUGUCAUUGCAAGUAUCUCAAAUGGAAUCGGAUGAUCCAACAACGAGCUACAUGUUGCAGGCUUGGGCCAGGCUUUGCAAGUGCCUUGGACAGGAUUUUCUUCCUUACAUGAGUGUUGUUAUGCCCCCCCUGCUUCAAUCUGCGCAGCUUAAGCCUGAUGUAACAAUCACAGAUUCUGAUGCUAAUGUUGAUGAUGAUGAUGAUGAAAGCAUUGAGACUAUCACUCUUGGUGAUAAAAGGAUAGGGAUCAAAACGAGUGUUUUGGAAGAAAAAGCUACAGCUUGCAACAUGUUAUGUUGUUAUGCUGAUGAGUUAAAGGAAGGGUUCUUCCCGUGGAUUGAUCAGGUUGCUACUACUUUAGUUCCCCUUCUAAAAUUUUAUUUUCAUGAGGAAGUUAGGAAGGCAGCUGUUUCUGCCAUGCCGGAGCUGUUACGUUCUGCUAAACUAGCUGUUGAGAAAGGGCAAGCUCAAGGUCGAAAUGGAACAUAUAUAAAGCAGUUGACGGAUUACAUAAUACCAGCUUUGGUGGAGGCUUUACACAAGGAGCCUGAGGUAGAAAUUUGUGGGAGCAUGUUGGAUUCAUUGAAUGAAUGCAUAGAGAUUUGUGGACCAUUUCUUGAUGAGGGCCAAAUAAGAUGCAUUGUUGAUGAGAUUAAACAGGUAAUCACAGCUAGCUCAGCUAGAAAACAAGAAAGAGCAGAGAGGGCCAAAGCUGAGGACUUUGAUGAAGAAGAAGGUGAAAUGCUUAAGGAGGAAAAUGAGCAAGAAGAAGAAGUUUUCGGUCAACUUGGUGAUUUGUUGGGAACUUUGAUCAAAACAUUCAAGGCAUCCUUCCUGCCUUUCUUCCAGGAGCUUACAUCUUAUAUAACCCCUAUGUGGGGUAAGGAUAAAACAGCCGAAGAAAGGAGAGUUGCUAUCUGUAUAUUUGAUGAUUUUGCUGAGCACUGUCGUGAGGCAGCUCUUAAGUAUUAUGACACAUAUCUUCCCUUCCUUUUGGAGGCAUGCAAUGAUGAAAGCCCUGAUGUUCGACAGGCAGCUGCUUUUGGGGUUGGCUUGUGUGCUGAGUUUGGCGGAUCGGUGUUCAAACCUCUUAUCCAAGAGGCCCUCUCCAGGCUUAAUGCUGUUAUCAGACACCCUAAUGCAUUGCAUUUGGACAAUGUGAUGGCUUAUGACAAUGCGGUUUCCGCUCUUGGAAAAAUAUGCCAAUUUCAUCGGGAUAGUAUAGAUGCUGCUCAGAUUCUUCCAGCUUGGUUAAGUUGCUUGCCGAUAAAAGGUGAUCUGAUUGAGGCCAAGAUUGUUCAUGAACAGCUAUGUUCUAUGGUUGAAAGGUCAGAUCAGGAACUUUUAGGGCCCAACAAUCAAUAUCUUCCUAAGAUAGUUUCUGUUUUUGCAGAGGUUUUAUGUGCUGGUAAAGAUCUGGCAACAGAGCAAACUGCUAGUAGAAUGAUAAAUCUGAUAAGGCACUUCCAGCAAUCAUUACCUGCAUCUACUCUGGCAUCAACCUGGUCAUCCUUGCAGCCACAGCAGCAGCUUGCUUUGCAAUCAAUUCUAUCAUCCUAGUUAUGGUGUCAUUGAUGAGGAAAGCUUCUGAUUCCUGUAUUCUUAGCCUUCUACAAAUUUAAAAAAACAAAAAAUCAAUUAUGGAUUUUAUAUAAUAGAAGGUAAAAGAAAAGUAGAAAGUGGUGAGGGUUUUAUUGGUGAGUAAUGUUUUCACCUAUUUAUUUAUUGUUUUGAUAGCAUGUUCUAUAAUUUUUUUGGCACUGUUUUGGCCAAUGCGUAUGGUGGUUGAAGGUUGAAUAUAGCAAAAUUUUGGUAUAGGAAGUGCAUAAUAAUAAUACAAGGGACUUGUAAUUGGUCCGUUUCUUACUCUCAAA